UUGUUUCAUUAAGUAUUUCUAAAUACACUUGUUGGCAACUUUAUUUGACCACCAAACCACCAUUUGCAUUGGACCCCCAAUGAAACUAUUAUAAUUACUGUACUUGCAAACUAAGCUGUGGGUCUUAAUACAGUGGCCAAUGAGACUGUUCGUUUAAUUCAAGAACAUCUGUGUCGCAAUUGAAGUGGGUUUAUCAGUCUGCUGCCCAUUUGUAGGGAGUACACCAAAUCCUUCUCUGUAUUAAAUAAAGGGACACACGGUUUAUUCUCCUGAGCACAACAUCUCGGCAGAAUAAAAACAGUUCCUCUGAGAAUGUUUACACUGUAAAUUAUUAUGGGUUAUUGGCCAGUAAUAAUUUAGCAUGGCUGUUGCUGGGACACUAAUUAUUUUCAUCAAGGAUAAUUAGCAUGUUAACAAUAUAGUCAAAUUAUUUGAGUUUUAAUAAACUUGGUCUGCCAUUCUAAGAGCUGUGGAUUUGUAUAAGUACAAAGCUUUUGAGAGUACUUGCUGAAAUCUCUUCAUUUCCUGGAAAAGCAAGCAAAAAGCACACAUUUCUGUGAGAAACAAACAGCUAUGACACAUUCAAAUAAUUGGAUCCAUGGUAGAGUAGAACUGUGGCACCUGAGAAGCAGUCAUGUUAGAAAUGACUGCACAACAAACAAACAGAAUGCACUCUUUAGUAACAUUAGAAAAUGCCUGCCUGGUAUUUGGAGCGAGUGCUGGGCUAGGCACCACCCAGCUACACACCAACACACACACACACACACACACACACACACACACACACACCAGUGCACGUACACACACACAAACACAGCCUCCCUUGCAAAUCCUCAUUGCACUGUGCAUUACUAUGCUCUGUGCUUACAGAGUGAGGACUUUACGGUCUCCCGGUGGGUAUAAGGGGGGAGCUUGCAGACUGCUCUGAGAAACUGUUUACGUUAUUGCAUCAACCUUAUCAGCCAGGAAGGUUAAAGUGAAUGAAGAGAGACUGGUAAACAUUGGAUUGAACUGGUUAAUUCUCCUCCCAUUUCACUUCGCCUUAAGCAGGAAGGAUGUCAUGGCGGCCUCAGUAUCGCAGCUCCAAGUUCCGCCAUGUUUUUGGUAAGCCAGCUAACAAGGAGAACUGCUAUGAUGGGGUGCCCAUCACCAAGAGCGUUCAUGACAACCAUUUUUGCGCCGUAAACCCCAGGUUCAUAGCUGUGGUCACCGAGUGUGCAGGAGGUGGAGCUUUCCUCAUCAUACCAAUUCACCAGACCGGAAAGAUCGACCCUCAUCACCCGCGGGUCUGCGGCCACAGAGGAAAUGUUCUGGACAUUAAGUGGAACCCAUUUGAUGACUUCUCCAUAGCUUCGGGCUCGGAGGAUUCAACUGUGAAAAUCUGGGAUAUUCCUAAACAUGGGAUGAUGAAGAACAUCACAAUGGCCAAGAAGGAGCUUCAGGGGCAUUCCCGGAGAGUGGGGCUCAUUGAGUGGCACCCAACUGCUGGCAAUGUCCUCUUCAGUGCCGGAUAUGACUACAAGAUCAUGGUGUGGAACUUAGAUACUCAAGACCAGGUCAUCAAGAAUCCUGUGAGAACAUUUAGCGUGCAUGGUGAUGUGGUCCUCUCCAUGUCAUUUAACACGGACGGUAGCCUCCUAGCAACAUCCUGCAAGGACAAGAAACUAAAAGUUAUUGACUCACUCACAGGUGUUGUUUUGCAGGAAGCCAACUGCAAGUCCCAUAAAGCAAGCAAGGUAGUGUUUCUGGGCAACCUGAAAAAGCUUGUAUCAACAGGAACGUCAAGGUGGAAUAACAGGCAAAUUGCACUGUGGGAUCAGGAUGACCUGUCCGUGCCUUUGCUGGAGGUGGACCUGGACGGCUCUUCGGGGGUCCCGUUCCCCUUCUAUGACCCUGAUACCCACAUGCUGUACGUGGCUGGAAAGGGAGAUGGCAACAUUCGGUACUAUGAAAUCAGCUUUGAGAAGCCUUACCUACAAUUCCUAGCAGAGUACCGCUCAUACUUACCUCAGAAAGGAAUGGGAAUCAUGCCAAAGAGAGGUCUGGAUGUCUCCUCCUGUGAGGUCUUCAGGUUUUAUAAACUAGUGACAACCAAAAGCAUUAUUGAGCCAGUCUCCAUGAUCGUACCGCGACGGUCUGAGUCGUACCAGGAGGAUAUCUACCCAAUGACUGCUGGAUCUGAGCCAGCAAUGACAGCACAGGAGUGGUUCAAAGGGGUCCAUAAAGAUCCUGUAUUGAUGUCCCUGAAACCUGGCAGCAAAAACUCCCAGUCCAUUCCACUGGUAACUGCCAGGGAACCACUGAGCCUCCUCGAACCAAAAAGGUUUCAGAACCGCAUCGAGCAGUUGGAGGUGGCAGCGAUCCAGGAGAGGCUGGAGCAGAAGGGGACGAAAGAGCAGAAGAGGCUGGAGGACAAGGUUCAGGACAAGACCCGGCCUGCCUUCUCCAAUGGUUGUGACCUGUCGGAAUGUGCACCACCAAAAACCGAAAACGAGCUGCUGCAGAUGUUUUACCGGCAACAGGAAGAAAUCCGACGGCUGAGAGAACUGUUAGCUCAGAGAGACGUCCGAGUGAGACAGCUGGAGCUGGAGAUCAAAAACAUCCGGAACUGCUCGGGGAGCUACUGAGAGAAAGGGACCCAAAUCCUGAAGCCACUGUAAAGCAGUUCAAGAAAAACAAACCAGGCUUGACUUCACAUGCUGUUUGUAUAAUUAUAUAUUUUAUAUUGCAAAAGAAAAAAAUAGAUUUUAAGCGGUACCUUUGGUAUAUUGUGCACUUUUUCUUUUUUUUUUUUUUUUUUAAACUUGUUUUACAAUGUAUAUUUUCUAAUUCUUAAUCAUUUCUAUGGUUUACACAGCUAUUGUGUGAAAUUUUACAGUACUUUACAGACUUUGUCCUCCACAAGCUUGGGUCAGUUUUUUUUUUUAUUACUUUUUUUU